AGAAGCAACAUACUCUGUUUUUACUUAAUCGCUGUGUAAACUUGCCCAUGUUGUGUAUCAUAAUAUUCGCCGACACGAUCUGUUUUUCCAAGACCGGGCAUAGUGAACCGUAGUGAAAACAUAACACCCUUUGCUUGAAUUAUUAUUCUUUUCCGGGAAAGAUGCAUACGUUCCUCACCGAACACCAAAGCGCCUACAACCGCUACGGAUACAACUCCACCGCAUCCGUUACUUCGAAUCCUUACUACGAGCAGUACCGCUAUGGAUACGCCGCGUGGCAUCAUCAGCAACAUCCUCUCACCACGGCAAAAGACAUGGUCAAACCUCCUUACUCAUACAUCGCACUCAUAGCAAUGGCAAUCCAGAACGCUCCCGAAAAAAAGAUCACACUUAACGGAAUCUACCAGUUCAUCAUGGAAAGGUUCCCGUACUACCGGGAAAACAAGCAAGGCUGGCAGAACUCAAUCAGACACAACCUCAGUCUCAACGAAUGCUUCGUCAAAGUACCUAGAGACGAUAAAAAACCUGGAAAAGGCAGCUAUUGGACUCUAGACCCAGAUUCCUACAAUAUGUUCGAUAACGGCUCAUAUUUAAGACGCCGUAGACGUUUCAAAAAGAAAGACGCCCUAAGAGAGAAAGAGGAAGCCAUCAAAAGACAGCAGAUUCAUCCAGAAUCACCCAAACGUGAAGAAAAACCUCUGGAUGACCCCAAAACAAAACUAGGAGAGUGUAAACCUAAACGCGAACCAAACACCGAACUCAGUCAGUGUAUGAGUGCGAAAUACGGCGACCCCAAGUCAGUAAUCGUUCACCAAGACCACGUUUUAAGUGACGUAACCGCCUCGCUCCAAGCAAUAGACACUGCGGCAGCAUUUAGUGUUGACAGCCUCAUGACCAGCAGAGAUCAAGCAUUAGCUUACACAAACUCAACAAGACUACACUCAUCAGGGGGUAUGUACUCUUACUGCCCCACUGCCACGCCUCAGCAUCAAUACAACAUUGCUGACGAGGCUACUCCAAGAUACAGUCCAUGGUACAGUCCGGAAACAUCACCAGAAGCUGCAACAACCCCCACGGGCUACCGGGAAAUAAUUUUCGAUGGUAGUACUGCCCCCAGCUGUCAGUUGGCGAGUUUCAGGCACUCUGGAGUGUCUCCUUCACCUCCUCACAACUACAGGAGCGUGUCUACUGCUCCGUACUAUCAGGCGGACUGUGUAGGACAGAAGUACUGAGGGUACGCUUAUUGUUUCGAUCAUGUAAAUAUAAAGACUGAUCCUUAUUAGUCGAAGGAGAGGUGGUGAGUACUGUGAGGGAGAGUGAGGGUUUUUGGGAGGACAGAUCAAAGAUUUUUGCAAUAUUUAAAUGAUUAGUCGUACAUAAUAGGAAAUCCGUAAAAUACUGUAAAUUAAAUGAAUGUAGAAUUAUUGUUGUACAUCCUGAGUCUAAACUUUUCUAUUUCGGUUUCAUUGUUUAUAUAACCCGUUUUUUUCAGUGCAAAUAAGCAGUAUUCUUUGAAGAUGUUUCAAUGUUAACUAGCAAUUUUUUGCAGUGCAAAUAAUCAGUAUUUUUUUCACUGUUUAUUAACCACUUUUUACAGUGCAAAUGAUCAUUAUUCUUUGAUGAUGUUUCACUGUUACUAGCUACUUCUUACACAGUGCAAAUGAUCAAAUAAUAAUAUUUCUAAAGUUAAAUUAGCAGUAUAUCAAUAAAGUAUCUGUUUUAAAAUAUUUUUUAAAAGUUAGAGUGCAAAAAAUCUUUUUUUUAAUAGUAGAAGGUUUUCACUGUUCUUAGGAUUUUUUAACAUGGCAAAUGAUUAAUAAUUACACUUUUAUUGGCUAAAAUAAUAGUUAAUUACCUUCAAUAAUCCAUUACAAACGGUUUUUAGUGAUAAGACAGCGCCAAUGAUCUUUUUUUUUCACAAGUAAAAUGUUUCAUUGUUUUUAAAAACUAUGAAACAGUGCAAAAGAUCAAAAAAUAAAACAUUGAUAUAAAAAAAUUGCACUGUAUCCUUUAAUUAUUUGUUUUCAACGUUUUGCAGUGCAAGUAAUCAAUUUUCUUUUAAUAUAUAAAGAGUUUCACUGUUCCUUGGCAAUUUUUCAGUGCAAAUGAAUAAUUUACGAUAAUAUUUUGAUGGGUAAAGUAGGCAAUAUAUUUUAAAAAUAUGCUUAAAACUGAGCAAUAAUUAUUAAUUAAUUUAAACAAAUAUAUUGUGCAUAUAAUUUAGUGCAAAUAAUAAAUAAUUUGCACUGAAAUUUAAACAAAUAUUGUUUUUAGGACAGUUUUUAAUAACAAUCUGAAUUGAAAAUUAAUCAUCUAAUUCAAUACAAGAUGAACAAUUUUGCUUGAGUUAUUAUUUUUGUUUUUUUUUGUAUUAAAGUCAGUCCAACGAUAGGAUAUCUGACGUUGACAGUUGUUGCUUGUCAUUUUACUUCACGAGUAAAUUGAAUUUUCUGUCAUUUACUGUCAUGUCGUCUGCCGAUAUUAUAUUGAUUAUACUGGAUUAUAUUGAUUGUUUGCACUGACGAUUCAGUGAAGGUAUUUUUUUUUAGAUUUAUUUGCAAUAUUCCUCAUAUUAUUUCACUCACAAAAUGAUCAUUAUUGAUUAUAAAGCUCCAAAAUAAAUAUUUGGAAAUGAUUAAGAUUAUGUUUGGUAUUAUGUUUUAGAAAAUUCAUUUCAAUAGAGUAAAUAUAUUUAAAAGUAAUUAUUAUACAUUUUUAUAACAUAUCUUUUAUAAUUCCAAUGCAAUAUAUGUUAAAUAUAUUAUAAAUGUAAGUAAAUAUAACGUAAGAAACAAAAAUUAAGAAACCGAGGUAGAAUGUUAAUUUUUUAAAUGAUUUUUAUUAAUUUAUGCAAAAUAGUGAUAAUCUCUUGUAUUAAAAAGUGCAACAUAUAAAUUCAAAUAUAAAUAAAACCAUAAUAGAUUAUAGUAUUAUGUGAUUGAGUGCUAGAGGACUUUGUACAUUCACUGGCUGCUUGAUACCUUUUUUUCGACACUUUGUGAUAUUUGUAAAUUUUUAUUAAAUAUUAGGUAAUAAUAAAUGUAGAUGUAUAUUACUAUUAUAAUAAUAUAAUUUAAUAUCAUCGUAUCAUCGAAAAAAAACGACGUCAAAGACGAGCUGGGGAAUGACAAUCAAUGAUAAUUUUUGCGAGGUCGAUCUCUAGAUCUCAUUUACUAAAAAUUGACACACACACAAUACUCAUUUUUUCUCGAAUUUUAAACUACACAAUCUAAAGUAAGCCAGGUAAAUGAGGCCUAGGGCUUGACCUCGCCAAAAUUAUCAUCGAUUGUCAUUUCUCUGCCGUCUUUGACGUCGCUUUUUUUUUUCGAUCAUACGGUGUAUAAUGAUGUGCAAGAUUGUCUAUACUUUUUUAAAAUUAACUGAUUGUUCUGAAUAGUAUCUCGUUCCUACCAUAUGUGUAUUUUCGCCAUUCCUAUUCAUCAUGGAUUUCAUAUAGUAAAAGUUUUAAAUAAAUAAAUAAUUAUAUAUAAUUGCAUUUAGUCUAUGUCAAGAUUGUUAUAUAUACACACCUGUUUGAUGGUAUAGGAUUUUUGUACAUAGUACUGUCAUUUUGUAACAUAGUCUAUAAGUCAUAUGUGUACGAUAAGCACCUCAUAUGUAUAUUAUUUAUUGAUAUAUCGUAUUAUUGAAAAUAUAAGCAGA